UUGUUACGUCAUAAUUCACAGAUGUUUCUGGUGCAUUGUCAUAAAAUAAUGUUUUAACUUUCUAUCAAACAUGGUGUCUCGGAUACGAGCUGUUGAUUUGAUUGAAUUGUUGAAAGAAAAACUUGUGUUUUUAUCGGGUGGCAGAGAUGAGCAGGGUGGGGCGAUACUCACAUUUCCUGCCUCGCAAAACAACGAGAAAAUUAAAUCGGAAGAUUUAAAAUGUUUGCUUUCGUAUCUGACCAGCGUACCAAGUGAAGAGGUUCUACAACUCGGUUUUACGGUCGUGGUCGACAUGCGAGGAUCAACGUGGAACGCGGUCAAACCCUUGCUUAAAGUUCUCCAAGAUAACUUCCAUUCCACCAUAAGUUCCGUGUUCAUCAUCAAACCGGACAACUUCUGGCAAAAACAACGAACAAAUUUUGGAUCCAACAAAUUCUCAUUCGAGGUUCACACCGUGUCCGUGGACGGGUUAACGCGUGCCAUCAACCCCCGCCAACUUACACCUGAAUUGGGGGGGUUGUUGUCGUACGACCACGAUGAGUGGAUCGAACUACGGAUCUCGUUCGAGGAGUUCAUCCGCGAUGCAUUGGAUGUUUUAGACAAAUUAUAUUCCAUCGAACAUCAACUCACGACUGAUGUUUAUGCCGCAGAUCAAGAAACUGCAAAGCAAAUGACGGAUGAUCACAUAAAACUACAAAAGAAAAUCACGAACGCCCCGAUAGAGCAACUGGAGGCGCAAGGAAAUAAAUUGUUGAAACGAAUCAAUGGAAGUCAUUGUGAUGCGGAUAGUGGCUUCUCAGGUAGCAGCAACGGGGUGGUAAGCGGCAACUCGGACUUCCAAAGCACAAUCCCUCGAAUCCAUAGUUUGUUGGAGAAACUACGGGCGACGAGGAACAGAUUGCAAAAUAUUUGGCACAUGAGGAAAACUAAGCUGGAACAAUGCUAUCAACUAAGGUUGUUUCAACACGAUGCAAAUAAGAUGUUCGAUUGGAUAAAACAAAACCGAACUUUAUUUAUCGGGACCUGCAACGAUAUCGGGAACAGCCAACAACAAGCGAGCGAUCUUCAGGAAAGUCAUCGACAUUUUGCAACAAAUUCCAUGAGUGUUUACGUGAACGUACAUCGCGUGAUGUUGGUAGCGAAUCGUUUGUUGGAGGCCGGCCAUUACGCUGAGGACGAAAUACGAGGAAUAUCGGCCAAGCUUGACCUUGGAUGGAAAGUGUUCGCUGCUGCGUUGGAUGAACGAAGCCGCUUGAUGGCGCUAGCGGUGAAGUUUCAUCAACGAGUUGAUAGGUUUGUGUCUACCUCCAUCGAGUGGCGACGUGAGUGCGAGAACAACGAGAGAUAUCCGAUGGAAUCAACGACAACCGUGGCGUCAAUAUCCGUGAUCGAACAAAGUUUGCAGAAACACACCGAUCUUCACGACAGAAUCACUGAAGCGUAUCAUGACGUUUGCGAUAAUGGUAAGGAACUUCUUGAUUUCCUUCAAAAACCGACGACGUCAUCAAAUGAUGAUGUCAUCAGUCAGCUGAUCGAUUACAGCAGCGCGUCGCAACAAGUUCUUGACAGCAUCCAUAAUGUGUUUCAUCAUAAUCGGGAGUUGGAGAAGUGUUGGAACGAACGGAAAACAUUGUUGGCACAAAGACAUCAACUACGUGUGUAUGAACACGAUGUGCAUCAGGUGUUACAAUGGAUUGGCGAACACGGGGAGGCUUUCCUUACCAAGUACUCAGGGAUUGGAAAGUCGUUACACCGAGCAACUCAAAUGCGGAAACGACACGAGGAUUUUGAAGAUGUCGCACAGAACACGUACACGAACGCUGAGAAGUUGUUGGAGGCAGCGGAACAACUCGCACAAAGUGGUGAUUGCGAUCCUCAUGAAAUAUUUCAGGUGGCUCGUAACCUUGAAGAACAGAUCCGGGAUUUUGUUCGAAGAGUUGAGCGAAGGCGUAAUAUCCUCGACAUGUCAGUCUCGUUCAAUACUAACUUAAAGGAGUUAUGGAACGCACACGACGGAGUUAAGUCCGAACUGCAGGGCGAUGAUGUCGCCGACUCACUAGAGGGGGCUGAGGAGCGAGCCGAUCGUUUCCGUCGGCAACGAUACCGACUCAUCGAAUCUUUUAUAGCGAGUCAGCAAGAAGCCAAGAAUCUGCUGCAUCAUAUAAGGUGUGCAAGUGUGGAAGACACUCGUCGAAACAUGGCGCCCUCCAUACAACACGUAGAAACCGUGUUACGACAGUUACAAACCGAACAAAGCAGGUUCGAGGACUUUUGUGCCGACCAUGAGUCGAGACUUGACCUCGCGUUGCAGUUCCGCUCGUACGAACGCGAGGUUGCUGAGAUGAUGCUAGAGCUCGGCAACUGGGACGAGGAUAUGACGCGCAUGAACGCAGACCUGCCGAUGUAUAUCGACGCUACGGUCGUGGAACAGCGAUUAUCGCAGACGGUGCGUCGUUAUGACGUGGUGCACACACAAACACUAGAGGUCGCUAACAAGGCGCAAGAAAUUUUGAAUCUUCUCGAACAAUCGGAGUUGGAUAUGGUUUGUCACGGAAGUAUUUCCGUGUCCGUUCGGGUUCGAGAUUUAUCCGAACAACUUCAACAACGAAUGAAAGAAAUCCAAAAUAAGUCGUUGAACCAUCGGGUCAUGCUCGAACGAUUCCUACAUCUGCGACGACUUGAAGCUUUGGCUACUCAGGUUCAAACGUGGAUAUUUGGAGGGGAGGAAGCCCUUCGUUCCGCUUCACUGCACCUGACCAAUCAGAGAAACGCCGAGCAGUGUCGGUUAGUCUAUGAGCAGUCGGGGGCUGCAACGGAGAAAACUCGCGACGUCGUCGUGCAGGUUCAAGCGGAAGCGUCGAGGUUGAGGGAAACAGAGUUUGGGGAGUCGGCUCGUGAGGUGGAGGAAACAACACGAAGGUCGUGGCAAGCACUCGCCCGCCACGAAGAAGAUCGACUUCGGUUGAUUGUCAGCGCUUCCAAGUUUUAUCAAACGUCAUCGGAGGUAUGCACGGUGUUGGACAGUUUACAAACCGAUUAUCGAAGACCUCAAACUUUUAACGGAACGAGUGACAUGAAGGCUGCCUUAGAGAAACAUGAGGAGCAAAAAGAACAAUUCCUUCACGCAUGCACCCUCGCACGUAAACUUGCAACAGAGUUUCUUAAAAUAAUCAAACGCACGAAGACGCAUCAUCCUAAAGACCAGUUCGUUAUCGGUUUAAAGAUGUCGUCGAACCAGAACAACCCGGAUUAUGUUGUUCGAUGUAUUUUAGAAGAUUUGCUUCAACGAGAAAAUAAAGUUUUACAAUUAUGGAACUCUUGCAGCUCGCUGAUGCAUCGGUGGCAACAAUAUCAAGAUGCUGUGGAUGAAAUGUUAAAAUGGUUGCAUACCACAGGCGAGCCAUACGUGGCAAAUUUAUCAUCCAAGAAACCGGAUCAAGACGUCCACGUGAAGAUACACGCUAAUAUGUUGGAGUCGAUUAAGAGUCGAUUAUCUUCGUUCAACGCGAUGUCGUCGUCCAUGAUCGAGCGCGACCGAUCGUCUGCGACCACGAUCCAACAAUUACAAAACUCCGUAACCAGCAGAUACACAGAUUUUGUUCGGAGAAUUCAAUUUUAUCGAAAAUCUGAAAAAUUUGUCCCGAAUUUUGAGGAAUUGUCGAUUUCGUCACGAACGGGUUCGCUAUCGUCAGGCUACGGAACUCUAUCAUCAUCUAGUGGUUCAAUGACAUCACCGGACGCACAGUUUCGGGGUCAAAGUUCGUCGUUUAAGUCGGCAACUCAGCAACAAUCCAAAGACAAAGAAAGCAUGAGUCGGCAAAAUAAGAUUAUGAGAGAAAUCUUACAAACUGAACGGAUUUACGUGAAGGACCUUGAUUGUUGCAUCACAAACUACAUGUCGGAAAUGAAUGACGACAAUCCAGCGAUGCCGAGCGCAUUACGGGGGCAAACGGACGUCAUAUUCGGGAAUAUUGUGGAGUUGCAUCGGUUCCAUAGUGAGAUCUUCUUGAAAGAAUUGGAGAAGUUCGAGCAGCUUCCAGGUGAUCUUGGUCAUUGCUUUGUUACAUGGGCAUCUCAUUUCAACCUCUAUGUUACUUACUGCCAGAACAAACCAACCUCGAACCAGGUGUUGAUGGAACAUGGCGGCGAUUUCUUUCAAACAAUCCAAUCGAACAAAAAUCUUCCGGAUUCAAUUUCAUCUUUCCUCAUCAAACCCGUGCAGCGGAUCACUAAAUAUCAACUCUUGUUAAAGGACUUGGCAUCGUGUUGUAAGAGCGAGAUAAGCGAGAUCAACGAUGGUUUGGAGGUCAUGUUGUCCGUGCCACGUCGUGCCAAUGAUGCCCUUCACUUGAGUAUGAUGACCGGGUUCGCCGGCGACGUUGCGCAACUUGGCGAGAUCGUCAUGCAAGAAACAUUUCAGGUGGUUGACACAAAGCAAUUAAUCAGGAAAGGUCGAGAACGACAUCUGUUUUUGUUCGAACUUAAUCUAAUUGUUUGUAAAGAAUCGAAAGAUAAUUCGGGAAAAACUAAAUAU